AUGACGGAAGGUGAAUUGUUUUUGAAACUACGCCUCUUCACCAAACUAUAUGGCGACCGAUACGUGGUGAAGAUAUUCAGCAGAAGAAUCCUGCAUAUACACGGUGUUAAAGAUGUUGAGAUUGUCCUAUCACAUUCCAAAAACAUAACGAAGAGCAAGCCGUACACGUUCCUGGAAGCCUGGCUCGGAACUGGUCUACUUUUAAGCACUGGUUCCAAAUGGCACAAACGUCGAAAGAUUCUGACCCCUACCUUCCACUUCAACAUCUUGAAAGGCUUCACCAUGGUGAUGGAAGAACGGAGUCGAGCGCUUGUGGAAAAGUUGAAGGCCAUGGACGGCAAUGAAGUCAACUUGCUGCCCUACAUUAGUGACUGCACUCUUUGUACUAUCUGUGAAACGGCAAUGGGAACGCAAUUGGAUUUAGACAAAUCAUCUGCAAACGUAAAAUAUAAAAAUGCUAUUAUUGAAAUAGGAUCACUGCUUUUAAGCCGCCUGACUAAAGUUUGGCUUCACAACGAAUUCUUAUUCAGAAAAUUUCCUAUUGGUAGGCAGUUUGAGAAGUGUUUGCAUACAGUCCAUUCUUUUGCUGACAAUGUUAUUAUGGAGAGGAAGAAAACAUGGAAAGCUGGGGAGCAAACUGUCAUCGAUGAAAUAGGAAUGAAGAAAAGAUUGGCCAUGUUGGAUUUACUGUUGGAAGCUGAGAGCAAACAGGAAAUUGAUUUAGAAGGAAUACGGGAAGAAGUCAAUACAUUUAUGUUUGAGGGUCACGAUACAACGGCAAUGGCUAUAGUUUUUGGACUGAUGCUCUUAGCUGACCAUCAAGAAAUUCAGGACCGAAUAUAUGAAGAAUGUCAGAAAGUUCUGGGCGACUUCGACCAUCAACCCACUAUGUCGAACUUAGCUGAUAUGAAGUACCUGGAGGCUGUUAUUAAGGAGACCCUGAGACUGUAUCCAAGUGUGCCGUUUAUUGCCAGGAAAGUUACCGAAGAUUUCAUGUUAGACGACCUACCAGUGAAGAAAGGCGCCGAAGUUGCUGUGCAUAUCUACGAUCUGCACCGUAGACCAGACUUAUACAAAAACCCCGAGGAAUUCAGACCAGACCGAUUCCUGAACGGUGAAGUCAUACAUCCGUACGCCUUUGUACCUUUCAGUGCUGGACCCAGGAAUUGUAUAGGUCAACGGUUCGCGAUGUUAGAGAUGAAGUGUGUCCUGAUCGGGAUCUGCCGCAACUUCAGGUUGUUCCCUCACGUGAAAGGAGCCAAGCCAUUGCUGUUGGCGGACAUUUUACUAAGACCUGCAGAGCCCCUGUUCGUGAAGUUUGUUCAGCGUUAG